UUGACGUAAUAAUAUUGUCAAAAGUUCACACAUUUGACACAAUUUCAAAAAUGACUAAUGAUAUAUCUAAAAAGAAGGGGAAGAAUUCAACUGAGAAAAAGGCGAAAAGAAAGGCUAAAAGAAGAGAGACUUACGCGAUGUACAUCUAUAAAGUUUUGAAACAGGUUCAUCCGGACACGGGGAUUUCAAGCAGAGCCAUGAGCAUCAUGAACUCCUUCGUAAACGAUCUGUUUGAGAGGAUCGCCACAGAAGCGUCCCGGCUGGCUCAGUACAAUAAACGCUCCACCAUCACCAGCAGAGAGGUGCAAACUGCAGUGAGGCUGCUGCUGCCCGGGGAGCUGGCUAAACACGCCGUGUCUGAGGGCACCAAAGCGGUCACAAAGUACACCAGCUCCAAAUGAAGACUUCCACACACAUGUUGUUAUGAGAAGGGGUUUCAAUCGUGUGCAUCAGUGGCACUGUAAGCUGGUUGAUUUCUAUAAAUGCAUAAAAAGCAGAGUUUUUCUCCUCGUUUUCCUUUUUUAUUUUUAUUUUUUUCAUUUCGAGAAAGAAAA